AUGGCCAUUGCACCCCAAAAUGUUGGUUUAGUUGAUCACCGUCUCAGUCUCUGGUUCACUCCCUACAUGGAGAACAUAAAAAUCUUCACCUUCUUCAUCUUAUUCUUGUUCCUCCUCUUCCUUCCUCACACCGUUACCAAAACCACCUGCGGUAGCUCGACAUGCACCGCUGGCGGCCCACUGGUUAAGUUCCCUUUCCAGCUAAGAAACUACCAAGCUUCAAGUUGUGGGUAUCCAGGGUUUGAUGUCUCAUGUCACAACAACAGUCAAACCAUUCUCACUCUCCCAUCUUUUGGGGACUUCACCGUCGAAAGCAUUGACUACAAUGGCCAAAUCGUAACGAUCAACGAUCCUGAUAAAUGCCUCCCUGCACGGCUCCUCAACCAUGAAACCAGUCUUGUAGAAUAUUCACCCUUUUCAUACUUAAGCUUUGGCGGCCCUAUAAACUACACGUUCCUCAACUGCUCCUCCUCUAAACCAUCCAUCUUGCCUGCACGCAUCAUCUCUUGCCUCAGCACUGACUACUACAAGGUCAUUGCUUUGCCUACGAGUUGGCUUUUGCCACCGGAUCCGAUGCUAUUGCCUCAUUGCAAUGCAAUUUUGACAACUUUGGUUCCAACUUCAUUAGAGUGGGAGCAUUUUAACGAUGGUCUCGAGUUGACAUGGGAGGUGCCUGAUUGUCGUUCUUGUGAAGUAAGGGGUCAGGCUUGUGGGUUGAAAAAUGGAAAAAGCUUGGAAAUUCGAUGCUUUGGUCCUUCCAAGAUACACACGGUUAGAGCCUCUUCCGGUCCCUCAAGAGCUGCAAAGUACGGCAUAAUGAUGGCCAUCGGAAUUCCUCCGCUAUUGUUCAUCAUUUGGCUUCUACUCUAUAUGUGCGGCAGAAUGAUGAUCGAAGUUAAUGGUCAAAACCACCGGCAUAUCACAGAAUUAUCCAUCGUAACCAAUCAGCAACUUCCCACAAUCGUAACUGGCCUUGAUGCUCCCACCAUCGAAUCAUAUCCCACGACUCUGCUAGGUGAGAGUUGGGAACUGCCCAAGCCUAAUGACAACACUUGCCCAAUAUGUUUGUCUGAGUACCAAUCCAAGGAAACACUGCGGACAAUACCAAAAUGCAACCAUUAUUUCCAUGCUAAUUGUGUAGACAAGUGGCUUCGAUUGAAUGCAACGUGCCCGCUUUGUCGAAAUCCACAGGAUAGAGAUAACAAUAGAAGUCAUUUAGUGAUUGAGAUUUGA